AUGGGUUUUGCCGCAAAGCUCGCCGCUGCACAGCAGAACCAGCAGAAUCAGCAGAACCAGCAAAAUCCAGCCAUGUCGUCGCAUUCAGGCAGUAAUUCUGGUGCCUACAGCGGUGCACCUCCCGCUGGCUAUACCGGUGGUCCUCCUCCUCCAUCAGCUCUCCGACCCGGUGGCCACCAGCCGCCGCAACCAUCGUCUCCGUACCAGGCAUACCCGGGAUCUCCUGCACCUCAGGCAUCGGUAGGUUCUUGA